CCGGAAGUAGUCGCGGCCACAGCUCUGGAGACAUGGCGGGCGUUAAAGCUCUAGUGGCUUUAUCCUUCAGUGGGGCUAUUGGGCUGACUUUUCUUAUGCUGGGAUGUGCCUUAGAGGAUUAUGGCGUGUACUGGCCAUUGUUCGUCCUGAUAUUUCACGCCAUUUCCCCCAUCCCCCACUUUAUUGCCAAAAGAUCAGCAUAUGACUCUGAUGCCACAAGUAGUGCUUGUCGGGAACUAGCAUAUUUCUUCACUACUGGAAUUGUUGUCUCUGCCUUUGGAUUUCCUGUUAUUCUUGCUCGAGUGGCUGUGAUCAAAUGGGGAGCUUGUGGCCUUGUGCUGGCGGGCAACGCAGUCAUCUUCCUUACGAUCCAAGGCUUUUUCCUUGUGUUUGGAAGAGGAGAUGAUUUUAGCUGGGAGCAGUGGUAACCCUGUAUGCUGACACAGUGCAUUGAACUUCUUAGAAUUCAUACUGUAUGUGUGUGCACAUGUGACAGUUACUAUGAAAUUUAAUAUGCUGUUUUUUGAUACCUUUAUAUCAUGUUCACUUUAAAAAAGACUAAAUGUAUAAAAGAUUAAUUUCAUUCCCAGCAAAUAAAGCCCAGUGCCAUUGAG